AUGCUUAAGUUUGGCGCUAUGAUGCUGUUGUCCUUAGCAGAUCAGAAAGUAAUACCAAAUCAAGAGUGUUACAUAAAAACCAAUGGCUGUAGUAUCCCCGGAGACCUGCCGUUUUUCUACAAGAAACCGUUUACCCCUGCUUGCGUGAAGCACGGUGUCUGCUACUCCUGUGUAAGAAUUCCAAAAUAAGUCAUUUUCCAUCACCCUUUCUCUAUACGUACCGAACCCUUUCACACAAAUGUUUUUACCAUGUUUCCUUUUUUUUUUACUUAUGCAAAAACAGUCUAGCAGAAAUAUAACUUAAGUCUGCAGGAAUGAUCGAUGUUCGACCAUCACAAUCACGGGGGACGGGAGGUAUUUCCUCAAAAACUGCUGCGAUCCCUGAGCUCAGAUUCUCCCAGCUAUCGUCCAAUCUAGUCUAAGGGCUUCCACUAUUUUUACGAUCUUUUUGGCCGCUUGUCAAGAGCCAUGUUAUGAUCUCUUGCCGCUUGUCUUUUAAUGGGGCGACUUGCAUUGAGCGAUCAUAUGUAAACUAGGAUUUAUUUGUAAUGUCUGAACAUAUGCCUAUUUUCAAAUCAUGUCCACACAGGGUCAAAACUUUGGAGGGAACCGAUCUGGUUGUGAAAAAAGUUUCAAACAGGAUAUGUACAUGCUAUGCGAUAAAAAGUAUGGCCGUAAGAAACGUUGGAUCUCCUUACUGGCAUCAAAGAUCAAACGAUGUAAGUUUUUGGCGGAUUUGUAUUACAAAUCAGUACGUAUUUUUGGCAGGUUUUACUGGUCAAAUCUAUCCGAGAAC